AUGCAAGGGAUGCUCAACGGACAUCUCACAGAGGAACAAGCCGCGCACUUAAAAGCAAGCAGAAUUGCUCUCGAGCUGGGGCCACGGCAGGAAAUCAUCACGGCCGGCAUUAGCCCGCUGCUUGUGCUGGACGAGGUCAUCGGUAGGCGAUUGGCCUUGCAGCUCGACCGCAUGGGAUAUGUGGGACGGAGGCUCGUGAUCUAUGAGGCCAGCGGGGGUAGGCACGAGCUGUCAAUACGGGAGGCCAUCUCGCUCCUGCCGCUUUGCCGAGAGCUGCACAUACCGUCGACCGUGACGCUCACCGGAAUCGAGGUGGCACCGGGGACUAUGCAGCAGUCGCUUUCGACGUUCCCGAUCAUCGAGCUGCACUGCCUCCCGUCGAUGGGGCAAUGGCCGCCUCCCAUCGAGGCGAUAAAUCCUACGAUCGACACUGGAAAGUACGUCCAGGUGCAGGCCUUGAGCGUUACGAAGGCAGCCGAGAUCUCUCGGAGCGCGGGUUCGGUGGUCGCUUCGGGUCACGGCGGCGUCCGGAGUCGCAAGUAUGACGGUCUAACCGUCGACGUAAGCCUGCCCGGGGUCAUCCUGAGGCGCGGCUGCUCCUGCAACGAGGAAGAAGCCCAGGCGUGGGCGCGGAACCGCCCGCUACCCUCGCCCGCCAUGGAUGCCGCGGACGCCGAUGCCGACGGCGUUGUCUUCCUAUGCAGAGUGGUUGACGACCGCAAUGGGAGGCGGUUCCCGGUCCUGAGCUCGACGGGCGGCGGCGAUGACGACGCGUGCGGUGUCUAACGCCCCGUAGGUGCUCUCAACCGCAUGGGGAGACACGUGGAACCGGUUUGAUCGGAAAACCACCAACUUUGCGUUGAUGCCCUCA